GGCUCUGCAGAGUCUUCUGCGUCGACGUCGCUGUGACAGUCUCCUGUCUGGUCGACAAACUCCGUCGAGGUAAUCGGCGCUGCCGAGCUUUCCUUCGGGAGUGUCUUCAAUAGACUCUUGGUUCCUCGCUGGACGUGGUCCGCGUGGCCCGCUUGCUCGUCGCCUCCUCAGACGCCUUGGUAGUCCGGCUCUUAUGCGUUGUGCUCUCAGGCUUCUCAUCAGUCUCUUGACUUGUCUCCGUUGUCUUCUUCGUCUCCGUGGUCUUCUCCGUUUCCGUGGUCUUUUCCGUCUCCGUAGUCCCGGUAGUCUCCCGGGUGGUCGCAUGCGUUGCCGAUACCUCGGCGUGGCCAAUCCGUGUAAUCGGCUGUUGCGGUGCAGCCGUGGAGAGAGCGGCCAGGGCGCCGAGCACGGCAAAGGCAAGGAGCUGCGUGGAUGUCUUCAUAGUGCCAGCACUGAACAAGAUAUUGUACCUAAUGUAGAAAAGAGGAGUGAAAAGAGAAGGUCCGUUACGCGUCUAGCUAAAUAUAUCAGAAAAAGCAGAGGAAAGAAACAAGGCGAGUCCCUGUUCCACAGUUCCUUUUUGGCGAUGCAAAUCCAACAACACCAUGUGUUUCGCUUCUUUCGCUGCGAUCGCCCCCUUUCACUGUCUCCGCCUCGUGGGGGUGUCAUCUAUGUGUGAAAAGAGGCGAAUGGGCUGCGAGGGGAUGGAG